GAGAAUGACCAUAUCUAUUUCUAGAAUUCCAACAUUUUAGAUAUAAAGAUAUACCUACAGAAACAGGGAUUUUUUCAAAAGAAUGUAUUGAAAAAGUUUUUACACAAGCAGGCUUCACUUUCGUUUUCGGGUUAAGAACACCCAGUUGAUAAAGAUCAUUUUUAAGAGUUUGUUUUGAAGUUUUCUUAAAAUUCUUACAAACGGGAGUUGCUUCUUUUCUACUGUUUUAUACAUUCAGAAGGAAUGACAACAGCAUAUGACCUUCCAGCCUUCUUCAAUGUACUUCAAAUGAGUCAAGUAAUUACGAUAAACCCGAUAAGUGUUUCUUCCUUUUAUUUUCCUUUAAAAUAAUCAGCUGCAAACUAGUUAAUUAAAAAGUAAAUCUACUUAUAAGAAGAAGAGUAGAAAUAUUUGUUCCAUUCAAUUUCGCAUAACACCUCGAGCACAGCGAGUUUCAAUGCAAAUACAAAAAUAAAGAAGUGUUACUUGCGGUAGAUUUUGGUAAAGAAACAAUUACAAGAUAUUAUUUAAUUAGGAAAAGAUGCCUAAUAAUUUUGAGAAAUUUCAUUGUUUAAAAGUGAUUGAUUGCAAACAGGGAGCUGUAAGGGCGGUAAGAUAUAACGUCGAUGGCGCGUAUUGUUUGACUUGCGGCUCAGAUAAAAAGAUCAAAUUAUGGAAUCAUAAGACUGGUCUUUUACUUAAGACUUACGGUGGACAUGCCGAUGAAGUUACUGAUGUAGUAGGCAGUUGCGAUAGUAGUAAUAUCCUUUCGUCUAGUCUCGACAAAAGUAUAAUAUACUGGGAUGUUAGCGCUGGAAGGCCUAUCAGACGCUUACGUGGCCACGCUGGUGGAGUAAAAUGUGUGUGUUUUAACGAAGACUCUUCCAUAGCUAUUUCGGGAGGACGUGAUAAUGCGGUAUUCUGCUGGGAUAUUCGUACAAGGCGUUUGGAGCCAGUACAAAUGAUGCGUGAGGCUAAAGAUUGCAUUAGUUCAGUAGUUAGUAAUGAUCAUAUGAUUAUUGCCUCCUCACUGGAUGGCUGUAUACGACACUACGAUAUACGUGCUGGUGAAAUGAUCCUUGAUAAAGUUAAUGUGCCUAUUACAUAUAUGAAUAUGACGGGUGACGAACAAUGUCUGUUGGUGGCAUGUCAAGAUAGCACAGUACGUCUUCUUGAUGGUGAAUCGGGCAAUUUGUUAUCAGAAUAUAAAGGCCAUAAAGCUGAAGACUAUCAUAUUGAAUGCGGUAUUAUGGCAAACGACACGCACAUUUUGUCGGGCAGCAGUGAAGGUGACGCUAUUAUUUGGGACUUGUUAGAGGGAAAAGUUCUUCAAAAACUUCAAAUAAGUAAAACCGGAGGUGUAGUACAUUCUUUGGACACUCAUCCAAAAUUAAAUGAAAUCCUUUUUGCUAGACGAAGGGACGUGUACGUUUUUUCUACGGAAACCUCCGAGAUUGCAGGCGUUGUAUAGAUAACAUUAAGCGUCCACAGGGUAUAAAACGGCCAUUGUACAUUACUACAUCCUCCACUCGAAUGUUGCAGAAAAAUGCCUCCCAACCGCAUUGUAGACCUUUACUGAAAUCUAACUGAAAACAGUUCGCGCGGCUAGAGCUUCUUCAUGUCUUCUUUCGUCUUGCUUUCUUAUUAUAAGACACCAUAUUCAGAUCGAUGAUUUUCAUACUUUUUUUGUCGGCUUACAACGGCUGAAGACUCUUCGAUAAAAGAUAUUACCAGCGUGUUGACCUGAUUUGGCACAACAAGCCAAGAUUUAAAUAAAAUUAAGCUUACCGUCUGUCAUCUUUAUCUCUCUCGAACGCUUUUUCAGCAUUAUCAUUUACUUCCAAUGCAUUACUCUGAUCGCCAAUAUUUAUAGUCCGUAAUUAUAAAAGAAAAGAAAAUUUUUGUCUGGAUUUGAAAUAAAUUUAUUUAUUUGGUUCAAGUCUUGAUGACCUUGAUUGAUGAUUUCU